CCCGGCCGGCAGCUGCUUGUCGCCCGUUUCGGAGCUGCAUCCGUGCCAUCUGUGCGAGCCCUUACCUGCACCAGCGCUGGCCUUGCUGCCCGCCAUGCCGACCUCCAACACCUCCUCCCCUGUUAAGCGCCCGGGCCUGGCCCGCCGUGCUCUUUCGUCUCACGCUGUCGUCACGCGUACCUCGUCAGACUCGUCAGACACCCAUCCUCAGAAAGCACUUGCCCACCGUCCCCGAGCACAUGUCGUCGGUGGCGGUCAUCGCAGUCACGGUCGCAACCCAUCUUUCGGAAAGAACUUAAACAAGCUCCAGCGGCAUACUUCUGCUGGACAUAUUACAACCGAAGCAACAGUUCGUCAUCAUCAACGGAAGAAGUCAGCACCGGCGACACCAGCGGCAAGUCCACGCGGUGGUCACCACGUGCGUUGGGACAGUGGUUUGGAAGCUGGCCAGUCCGCGACAUCGUCAAUCAAAAGAAACAACUCGAGCCCUGCUCUGCGAAACCCUCGACGCAAUUCCUCUGGUGUGCUGGCAAAGAAAGCAUUGGUAACAGAUCGCCCAGCAACCAGUUCUGGGAAGAAGAAGACCGUUGGCUUUGAAUUAGGAGUUUCAGACAACGACGACGACUACGACGAGGGCGAGUGGGAAGAUACUACUCAGUCGCCAGAGAGCACGAGACGCAGCUCAGUUGCUCAAUCCAAAGAUAGCGUGGAGAAUACUGCUGUGCUGGUGGACCCCCUCACCUUUGUCAAGCGCCCGUAUCCUCAGGUGCCUCGUGCCGCGAGCAGCUUGCCGGAAUCAGCCUGUAGGAGCUUCUCGCGUGACGAUCACUCUCCUGACGAGAACGAUCAACCGCAGGACCAGUCUGACUCGGAGCCUGAGGAGCGGAAGGAAGAGAUUGCCCGUUUGCCUGAGCACAGCGACAUCGCGACCCGUUUGUUAAGCCCUUCGCAUUCUGCUAGAGCACCUCCCGCGAUGUCUUCUAUUUCUGCGACAGUGAAGCCAGCUCCCGUUGACACAAUAUCGCGGAAUGCUUCCUUGACCAAUCUCGCCGGUCCCGACGGCUUACGACGCCCUCUAUCUUCAUCAACCACUACGCUCGCAAAUACGCCGGGGAAUCAGACGAACGCAACGUCCUCGUCUAUGGAAGGGGGUGUUUCGAGAUUCAUCAUUAACAAUCAAACCAGGCCCCACGCAUCAUCGCGCACGGACUCGGACCCAAAUACACCGUCAUCGUUUCUUCCACAUUAUCAUCCGCAGACCCCACCGUCUCCGAACCGCGGGAUAGGAAAGCACAAAGCCCAUGGCAUGUCUACAGCAGUCUCUCCCUCGGCAAUGGACACGGCCUUCAUAGCGUCGCAUGGCCGCGCAGGGUCAGGCGUCUACGAGGCCAGCAGAGCGCUCGUCAACGGCUCCUCCCGAACCGGCGGAGAUACUGAAGCGAAGCACAUCCGGAAGGCAUACGAGAAAAUCGCGUUGGAACUUAGCGUUGUCCGAAGAUUCCAGUCUCCAACAGGCGACAGUUUCGCCCGCUUGGCGGCUAUCCUUAAUGACUCCAAGGCUCCUAUAACUUCCAAUUCCGACCGUACAUCGGCACUCGGCAAACCAAUCAAGUCGGCACCUGCACUCGCACAACUACAACAAGUUGGAAAGCAGCAAAGGAACUCACCAAGCCCCGAGCCAAGGCAACUUAUCAGCAGAAAAACUUCGGACUUGAAGAAAUCUGUGUCCCAAACAUACCUCGAAGAUGCCGACGAGCCCAGCGACUCCAACAAAUCCCAACACCCCUCCCAGCGCAUCUUGUCGACUUCUGACGAAGGCCCUCACGGGACCACCGCCGCAGACGAGGACUUUGGCGACAGCUAUUUCACCAGUGAAUCAGAUAUGAUGAUUCGCCGCAUGUGGGAGAGCCGCGAGGUAGCUACUCAUGGCUAGAUGGUACUAUCUUUCACCCGGCGAUGUCCUUUUGCCUUACCCCUUUACUCCUUUCUACCUCUGUCUUCUAUUCAUUCAUAUUUAUUUGACUCCCAUUCUAGCACUAACGGCGUCCGGUGCAUCGCUUAUGGCUCUAACUUACGUACAUUUCUCACCAAAUUCGGGAUAUCCUACUGCGUCAAUGGUUGACAUGGAAUAGCAUUUGAUGUAUUUUUUUAUGUUUCCUUAUUUCUUUUCUUCAACUGCCCUUCCCCAUGGUCCUUCCUGUACCAAGCUUUUUUUCACCAUGGGCGCUUGUAAGAUGUGGAUAGAUUUCAUCAUCCUCAAUAAUGAGCAGUGUAACGAACCAGACGGAAUAAAUCAUAUAAGCACUUU